CCUCACCUCACGUCACGCAAGUGUGUUCCCACGUUGCCCUGGUAACACUCAGCGUCCUCUGCGCGCGGGGCACAUACGGAGAGGAAGAUGGAGGAGAAUGUUAUGAAAGACGUCGAGACUGGUAGUGAGGCCGGUGGAGAGGACGCCUUGGUGGGCAACGUCAACAAGCUGACGGUCACCCCACCAGGGUACCCUGGGGCCCAGCGGAAAGGACACCUGGUCUUCGAUGCUUGCUUCGAGAGCGGUAACCUUGGCCGAGUCGACUACAUCAGUGAGUUUGAGUUUGACCUUUUUAUCCGGCCUGACACCUGCAACCCACGCUUCAGAGUCUGGUUCAACUUCACCGUGGAGAACGUCCGCGAGACACAGCGGGUCAUUUUCAACGUGGUGAACUUCUCAAAGACCAAGAGCCUGUACCGAGACGGCAUGUCCCCCGUGGUCAAAUCCACCAGCAGACCCAAAUGGCAGAGGCUCCCCGCCAAAAACGUGUACUACUACCGCUGCCCCGACCACCGGCGCAACUACGUCAUGUCCUUCGCCUUCUGCUUCGACCGGGAGGACGACGUCUACCAGUUCGCCUACUGCUACCCCUACACCUACUCCCGCCUGCAGCACUACCUGGCCGGCCUGGAGCGCAGGAACCUGCCCUACCUGCAGAGGGAGCAGCUGGGGCUCAGUGUGGUGAGUACGGUGGGUUGGUGUGUGUGGGGGGCGGGGUGCAUACGUGUGGGUGUG